GGAAGUGCCCAACUUCAAACACUAGAGGAGGAGAGAAUCAAUAAGAUGUCUGAGUAUCUAAACCAGUACAACAGCCACAUAUCCGUGUUGGGGCCACGACUCACACAGAGUUGUGACCGUCUCCACGAAGCGGUGAUUUCUGUUGACCUUCAGUCUGACCUUAAGACAAUCGUCCAACAGAAGGGAUCCAGCAUGACUACUCCAGAACAGAUCCUUCUGGACUGUUAUUCUGAAGAUAUGCAAUUUAGUAUGAAAGCUGAGAGACGAAAAAAUUCUCUACAAAAUUACCUGCUGUAUCUGCGCCAAGCAAUAGAGAGGGAACGGAAAGGAAGAGAAGGUGUGGAAAAAUUGGUAGAGGUGUACAAACAGAGACCAAAUUUUGCUGAUCAAGAUGCUCAAGAUGAUGCCCGACAAAGAUUGUCACAGGUGACGUUUACGAUGAAUUUUCUAGAAGCUAGUCAUUUUAAAAUGGCGUCCACACUUGCCAAGUUGGAGGGACAACAGAAACUAACCCAUAAGUUUGCACAAUACUUAGAAACAGCUCGAGACAAACAGGGUAUCCCUAUCAGCACCUUGAAGCUACCCAUGAACCUGGCACUGGAGGGAAGUUCUGGGUACGACGUUACGUCGGUCACUGUGGGCGCCCUGGCGAGUCAGGGUGGAGACACGUAUGAAGACUUCGAUGAUGAUGAGUUUGAUGAAAUUGGAGAGACGCAUGUCAUUGGUCGAUGUAAAGUUAUGUACGAAUACAGUCCAUCACAGAACGACGAGCUACCAAUACAGCCAGGGGACUUGAUAAACAUCUAUGAGAAACAGCCAGAUGGUUGGUGGCAAGGCGAGUUACGAGGACGUGUUGGCAUCUUCCCUGCCACUUACGUACAGGAAGUGUAAUAGAGCCACACAGAUCUGUGGAGAUUUGAUAAGGAGUCAGACAGCUGGACAACAAAGCUUUAACUAUAUGGACUAAUGAACUGAGCUCUGUCAAAAUUAGGUCUGAUCCAUUUGUGAUUUAAAUUUGAGACAAACUUUGAAUGAAACAUUUCGACAUUGGGGAUGUGUUGGGAUUGAAGAUCUCCAUGGAUGAAGUGAUCUGAACCAGAAAGCUUUCUUCUGGGUAUCUUACAGAAUUGACCCAGAAAUUCAUCACAGACUCCCUCCAUGUGAUAGUUCUGACCUCCCUCCACACGAUAGUUCUGACCUCCCUCCACACGAUAGUUCUGACCUCCCUCCACACGAUAGUUCUGACCUCCCUCCACACGAUAGUUCUGACCUUACAUAGUGCUGUGUGAAUGGUUUAGACUGAUGGUUAAUGUGUAUUUCCUGUCCGAUUAUUGUAAAAAUGCAAUACAAUGAACAUUGUAUUCCUGUCCAUUGUAUAAACCACGGGAUAUUGUUCAUUGAGUAAGUUGUCCUUUUUAUAUUGUAAAUUGUGGUUCUUUUCAUUUCAAUGUGUUGAGGUCAUUUAAGCAAUCUUCUGACGAGAUCUAACCAACUUUUGAGUGAUCAAGACAUACAUGAAAGAUAAUCACCUGUAUAAACAUGUUAAAAUA